CCUCUUUUCGGCUCGUCUCGCUCGUGCUCUCGGCCCCCUUUCCCACCGAUUCAUCACUUCACCGUCCGGCUCCCGUCUUCUCCCAGCCUUCCUACCCCUCACAUCAUACAGACUGCUGUUCUCUUAACUCAGUCAACUCCGAGGAGGGACUUCGACCAGAACUGCCCUGAGCGGUUGGUGAUUCUGGUCUGUGUGUCUCUGGGAUGGCCUGAUCGGGGACAAGAACAGAAAGAGAGAAGAAAAAUUGUUCCUUGCCCAGUGACCAGCCGCUCGUUGACCUUGUCACGAUCGCCUUCAUAACAGCACACCGGGUUCCAGCUGGUCUGGACUUGUCUGAUCCAUAUUUACUGCUGCUGGAAUGGCGGGGACGGCUACCGCGACAUACUCGACAGAUGCAUGGACGUCACCCAGUGUAGAGGGGAGUCAAUGGGAAUUUUCGGUUCCAAUCCGACAAGAUAGCACUAAUAAUCGCUCCAAGUCGCGUUCGUCCCAUGAUUCGCGCUCCCGAGGGCAUCGGCCCCAAGGCUCUCGCGGCUCCUCCUUGUCACGACACGUCCAGGCUCACGAUCAGUUCAAUCCGCGCGGUCGCCGAGACGUUAGCCAUAGUCGACGGGAAAGUGAAGAAUUCAACUCGCAGCAUCACUAUAGACACGAACCUGUAGACCGCAGCAUUAGUAAUGCGAACGCCUCGGCCGAGAUCCCACGCCAGGAUGGGACAAUAAAAACAAGCGAGGGGAUCGGAGUGUACCUCGGAGAGUUGGAUAACGAGAAAUGGAUCCACCGAGAUAAAUUGGCCAAGAUCGAAAGCGAAGAGUUACAGCAGUUGUUCCAGCGACGGGCUGCCACAGACGGGAUCCAAAGUGGCCGUGGAAGGCCCCAUGAGUCUCACGGGGUCAACGGACGCUCCUUUUCCCCACACUCGCCAAACGAGCAGACGGAACCGUGGCCCAGUCUACAUGAUGGGUCACCGCGUGACUCCUACGACUCCAAACCCUUCUCCGACGCCGAUGACCUUCACGAUACUACACAAGGCGAUCAAAAGGAUUGGGACCUCCGACGGGCGGACGAGAUUGCUGCAGACAAGACGAAAGAGAAGGCAGCGUCGAGCUUCUACCAUAACCCUGGCUUGCGAAAGAGCUCUUCUCGGAUCCCAAUUCCGACCGCCAGCCCGGUCCCCAUCUCGCCUGAACACGCUGGACGAGAGUUCCCCAGGCAGCGCACCCGAGCCCUCACCAAUGGUGAAGAUGAAGCGCUGUCGUUCGGGAUGCCGCGUCGAGCUAGUGAGCCACUGACGGUGGAGGCAGCAAACGGCCUACCUUCCAAUGGCAGCAGACCUGGUAGCCGUGGGUUCCCAUCGCAGACCACGGCAGCCAAGAAAACACCAGCAAAGGCUGGACCUACCAGCCGUAAGACCUCUGCUCCUCCCGCAACCAGAAAGGCGACUCCCCGAGCUCGUCUCCCGUCCAGCACUCAGCGGCCUGGAGCCAGAGCAGACGGUCGGGGCCCUCCUAAUCCCAUCAAUCGGCCGGAAGGAGAUCCUCCAUGGCUGGCUACCAUGUACAAACCGGAUCCGCGUCUUCCUCCAGACCAGCAGAUUCUCCCCACGCACGCGCGGCGCAUGCAGCAGGAGCAGUGGGCCAAGGAGGGCAAGACACCCACGAUGUACGACCGCGAGUUUGCUCCGCUUGCAAUCGGACCGGAUGGACCAUUCAAAGUGGAGAGACCGAAGAAUGAGGCCCCGGAGCCGGAGAAGCACCAAAUGGAGGAGAAGACAAAGGAAGAAGUGCAGCCUGCACCACAGCAAACGCCCGAAGAGCAGCUCCCGUCCAAGGAAGGUGAAGCCGACGCGCGGCCCGCCACAGGAAGUGGGUAUAGCACUAUGCCCCGAGUGCAGGAACCAAUGCCAGCACCACUGACACCCAAAUGGAGCCCGCCGGUGGUGACGGCGCAAGAGCCACCCCCGAAGGAGAAGGGCUGCGGAUGCUGCAUCGUAAUGUGAUUUAAUCCUGCCAUAUCAACCCUCUCAGCCUGAGCUACUUCUCAGCAGCAUUUACCUGAUUUUCCCCU